GCGCGAACCGAUUAAAACGGGUUUACGUCCGCAAAACUCCGCGAAAUCGUGGACAAACGCGGCUACUGAACGCGUAAGGCUUGCACAGGACGAGCGCUUCGAAAGGACGAGCGCUGCGCGCGAAUCCCACGCGGCGCCAGCCGGCCUUAGAGCCAGAGCAGCCGAGAGCUGCCGAGGACGCAUCCGAGGCCGAAUCCGCGGAGCGAGCGCGGCCGCGGAGCGAGGCAGACAGAAAAGCGGAGCGGGAGCGCGGCCGCGGGGCGCCGCCGCGGAGUUGGCAUACAACUAGAGCCGCGGCGCGCGACGCGAAAGACGGAUGGCCGACUUCUCGCAGCCGACGAACGCCGCCGACGAGGGCCAGCGCAACGCCGUCGUCUUGAAAGUGGGCAUGGUCGGCGACGCGCGCGUCGGCAAGACGACGCUCAUGGUCAAGUAUGUGGAGAACAAGCUGGAUGAGGAUUAUAUACAAACACUGGGCGUGAAUUUCCUCGAGAAAACCGUGACGCUGCGGAACAACGACAUCACCUUUAGUAUCUGGGAUCUAGGAGGGCACCGCGAAUUUCUAUCAAUGCUCCCUCUGGUGGUCAAUGAUGCGCGCGCGUUGCUGUUCAUGUUCGACCUGUCGAGGAGAGAUACACUAGCCUCAAUAAAAGAAUGGUACCGCCAGUGCCGCGGCUUGAAUCGGACGGCCCACGCCAUCUUGGUGGGCACGAAGUACGACAUCUUCAUCACACUGCCGCCGGAAGAGCGCGAGGCGAUAGAUAGAGAUGCGCGGCGCUUCGCGCGGGCCAUGAAGGCGCCCGUCGUCUUUACCUCCUCGACCGAGUCCAUCAACGUGCUCAAGCUCUUCAAGGUCAUCCUGGCGCGGUCGUUCGGUUUGAACUGCACGAUCCCGCAGCUUACGGAGGUCGGCGAGCCGCUGCUGAUCUUCUAGCUCGAAUUCGUACCCCCGGGUAAUCCUGAUUUUGUGA